CGGUCCUGGCCGUCGUGGCCUAGGCAUGCCCAAGUCUCACGGUCCCAGCGGCGCCGGACGCAUUCAAAAGCGCAAGCCCGUCCGUGGUCGCCCCGGUCGUGGUGGCAGCCGUGGCGGCGGUUUCCGUGGUGGCAACCGGAGAUAAACCUAUCGACUAACAGCACCUACCCUCCAACCACAUACCCCCCACAACUGAACUAAGUUGAUAUAUCAUCAAUAAGUUCAUGAUCAGUCAUACCUUUUACACAUACCAACUCAAAAAGCAUUAUUUUAACGGCACUGGAUACCGAAUAGUCAAUGAAAGUCAUUUUUCAAAGUUCAUCAUGUCAUGUAUGGAGUAUGACGAGACCUUUUUUUACCUCUUUACCUUUUAUCUUGUUAUGUUUUCUUCCCAUAUUUGUUGUGAAUACAUACAUACUUACGAUACGAUUGAUCUGACCAUGUCCCUAUUCCUUCUUUCACUGCGGAUCAGAAAAUGGUAGUUAAGUCUUGCUAAUUCCAGUCAGUGAGUUGAGUUAGUCAUUAGUUUCUUUUCAGUGUGAGGUGGUUCGUGCUGUGUGCUUCAAUCAUUCCUUCCCUUAGGUGUAUCUUCAUAUACCCUUUUUUUUAUUCAUUAUCCUUUGGCUGCUAUUGCUGCUCCCAUUUUCAUAGUUUUUUGAGUUUCAGUUCGUUCAGUUCAGUCCAAUUGUUGUGUGUCUCCCUAGUUGAAAAUAACGCAGUCAGUAUACUAUAGUAUAGUAUAGUAUAUCUUCC